ACCAUUUUUCUCUAAUCUUUUGCCCUUGGUCACGUAAAUUUUUUUCCAUACGCUAAUCCCGCCGAGUGAACAGUAAUUUUUCCCACUCAAAUUCUCAAUCUUAGGCUCCUAGUCCCACCUAUGACCUAAUCUUCUACUCUCUAAGAACACAAGCUCUCAGUCUCACACUCUCAUCAAGACUCGUCUCUGAUUCUCAGUCUCUCUCUCACAAAGAAAGACUUUCCUCUCAAUCAGUCUCCUUAUCAUCUCCGUUCUCCACCGUGGCUCUGCCACUAUAUAGUUCUGUAUUUGGGGUAAUUUAAGAGAUUCAGCUUUAUCCUAGUAAAGGACUAAAUCUCAAUGGCUUAAUGAGUUGCUGGCUAGCUGCUAUCGGCUUAAAUUUUCACUAUUUUAGAUCAUAUAUAGCACGGAAAAACCUGCCUUACUAUGUCAGCCUUCUCCAUAAUGGGCGAGAGAAUUGUUAAGUUGAACGAGGUUGCCCAACAUGGAAAUAUUGAUGCCUUUUACAUGUUAAUUGGGGAGGAUGUAAAUCUUUUGGAAGCUAUUGAUGAGCUAGCAUUUGUUGAUACUCCUUUACACAUAGCUGCAUCUGCUGGGGGCCCACAACACAUACAAUUUGCAAUGGAGAUGGUGAGAUUAAAGCCCUCAUUUGCCAGGAAGCCAAAUCCAAAUGGGUAUAGCCCCAUUCACCUUGCUCUACAAAAGGGACAUACCCAGAUGGUGCGAUGGCUUCUACAGGUGGAUGGAGACCUUGUCCGUGUAAAAGGAAAGGAGGGUAGAACUCCUUUGCAUGAUUUAGCUGCAGCAGCAGCGACAGAGCAGCAACUUGGUCUAAUGGACAAAUUUCUAUCAGACUGUCCUAAUUCUAUUGAAGAUGUGACGAUUCAAAACCAAACUGCUCUGCAUAUUGCCCUCCUGGAAAACAACGAAUUGGAUGCUUUUAAACGCUUGGUAAGAUGGCUUCGAAAAAAUAAGUCUGAAAAUGCAAGGGAGAUACUGAACCGGCAGGAUAAGGAAGGCAACACUGUGUUGCACGUGGCAGUAUCCAAAAACCAAACCGAGGCCGUGAGGAAGUUACUAAAUCGUGGUGUUAAUUUAAACGUUAGGAAUUUAGAGGGUCAUACGGCACAGGACAUGUUGCAAGAACAAAGACAAGUAAACAACGGCGAGAUAAGGGAUAUGCUAAGCUAUGCUGGAGCUUUGUCUUGUUCGUGUUCAUGUCUUCCUAAAGUUAAUUGUUAUGAAUAUUGCGUAAGGAAACCCAAAUAUUAUGAGAGAUCACGAAUACUCAGAAAAACGGUCUUAUUUUUUGAGAGAGUACGAUUACUCAUAAAAACUGCACGUGAAGGGUCGAGAAUAUCGAAUGACGACCGCAAUGCGCUUUUGGUGGUAGCUGCACUGCUUAUGACAAUCACCUAUCAGGUAGUAAUCACCCCUCCUGGGGGACUCUGGCAAGAUAACUCUGGUGAUAGUAGUGGACCGCACGACGCAGGGACAGCCAUUGCCCAAACAAUACCGCACGACGCAGGGACAGCCAUUGCCCAAACAAUGUUUGUCCAUUUUGAGAUAGUCGCAACGGUAAAUUAUAUCACAUUUACGCUCUCAACCAUAGUGACUUUUCAACUCCUUCCAAGCGGGUACAUUAGUGCGCUGUUCAAGAUGGCUCUAGUCCAAUUGUGGGUCUCCUACUACUAUACAUUGGCAGUCAUAUGCCAAUCUGUGCCGGUUUUUGUUUACUGUCUUAUUAGUACCGGGCUUUGUUUAGUUUUGGUCCUCUUUGCUUUCUUUGGCAGGCAAUUCUGUGGCGCCAGAAUAAAGUGGCUGCGUCUUGACUGGAUUUUCUAUAUAGUUUAUGCGUGUAUAAUGUUUUUAGUGAUCUUGGUCUUUGAGUAGGACGGUUAUUAAGAAACUUAAA